AUGACGGACAGAAAGCGCCGCAGCGCGCUCGACCGCUUCCUUGACCCAUCACCGCGCUACCCGUCCCUGUCACCCGACAUCGAAAUCGGACCCGAUGGCAACGCCAUCGUAGACACAAGCAAUGGCGUCGACGAGGUUUAUUUCCUCUCGAGCCAUCCGAUCUCCUACAACGGCCCUCUUGAAGGUGUACAGAGCAACGACGAGCAAAUUGACAACUACGUCAGCCAGUUCCUCAUCAAAAAGGUUAAAUACCGACCCGAAGCCAAAGCUAAAGGCUUGCAGGAAGACGAUGGCUCUACCGAAGCUGAGACCGAAGCCGACAGUGUUGAGGACGAUGACGACACUGACGAAGACAACCAGGACAGCUCCAGUCGAGACAGCGGCGAAGUUGCGCAACCUGACAACAUCUUCGACACCCAAGCCAGAAUCUGGCGUAUCAUCCUCAAGCGCCGCGAACAUGCCGCCAUCGUACAGACCACCGAGGCUUUGAACCAGUCACUGCCCGUCAGCGACGCCUGGCAGACGCACCUCCUCGUCAACGCUACCAUCAGGAAGAUCAUCUAUAGCCUGGAGGGCAAGUCAACCCCAACAAUACCUGUUGAGAGCCUCGAGUCCGUCAACCCUUCAGCUCUGACUCGCCCCGACGGAGGUGGCCUCCUCAUCACGCCAGGCAUCCAGGUCACCGACGACGAUUUCAUCCCGGUCUUCAUCCGCUCGGCUCACAAGACAUCCUCCUUCGCCACCUCCACCAGCAACGGCAUUAGCAGCAGCAGUAGCAACUACAAGCCCGACUACCGUGGCCCCGGCACCGCAUUCGGAAAGCACCCUCUAGCCGGUGGCUAUUACGAACCUGAGGAGGAGGACGACGACUCCAACGUCACCGUCCACGCCUCCCUCUGCAUCCCCUGCCUCCGCGACCUCUACGUCGGCGCCGCGAUCCCCGAGAUUGCCACCGACACCACCACCACCGUCUUCCCGAAUGCCGCGAGCAGCAACAAUUCUGCCGACGACUGCCAGCAAAGCAGCAGCACCUCAGGAGUAGCGGCAAACCCGGAACCAGGGCAAGAUCAGGACAACAUGCCCGGCUUCGCUGAACCCGGACUCGAGUGGCCCGCCAGGGCAUCUAGCAGCAACAACACCAACGGCGGCGGCGGCAGUGGCUGGAAUGCCUUGAACUCGAAGAAGACGGAGGAAGGCGAUAGCAGCAGCGGCGAUACUGGUCAGCAGCAGCAGCAGCAGCAGCAGAAGCGUUACCCUGCUUUCGGUAUCCCGCAGCUAGAUGGCAUUGGCGAGACGCAGAGCGGUACUGGAGGCGGCGGCAGCUCUGGACCCAUUUCGAGCGGUGGUCUCGGAUGCGCCAUCAUGUGA